UAAUUUACGUUUCAUAGGCCAAUUGCUUUCACACACAACACACACUCCUGACUUGGUUUCUUCCGGGCCGGCGUCAUUCAUCGCCAUUCUCUUCCUCCUCUCUUUCGCCGCCCAUCUCGAAAACCCUCGUCCAGAAAACCCCCAAUUCCUUGAUUUCCCCCGACCAAUUUCCGAUUUUCCGAUAGCUUUCAUCAAUGGCCGCGCCGGAGCUAGCUCAAACCGAACCGGAGGGAAUUGAGGGAGUCCGUAUGACGUGGCUGAAUUGGCCGCGAUCGAAGGUGGAGGCGUCCAAGUGCGUGAUCCCGAUCGCAACCUCAAUUCAGCCGAUCCGCCCCCAUGUGGAUCUGCAGAUCCUGCCAUACGCGCCUCUACGAUGCAAGACCUGCUCCGCCGUCCUUAACCCCUUCUGCCGAGUUGAUUUCACUGCCUUUAUAUGGAUCUGCCCCUUCUGCUUCCAGAGGAACCAUUUCCCGCAGCACUAUACCUCGAUUUCGCAGACCAAUUUGCCCGCUGAAUUGUACCCCAAUUUUCCAUCGGUUGAGUAUUUGAUCCCCAAUUACCAGAAUUCGCAGAAUUUCAACCAGGCUUCUCCGAUUUAUUUGUUUAUUCUGGAUACGUGCAUGAUCGAGGAGGAGUUGGAGUUUGCCAAAUCGUCGCUCAAACGGGCGCUUGGGAUGCUUCCGGAAAAUGCUAUGGUUGGGUUUAUAUCGUAUGGCACGCAGGUGCAGGUGCACGAAUUGGGGUUCUCGGAGAUGUCAAAGGUUUAUGUGUUUAGGGGAUCCAAAGACAUAUCUAAAGAUCAGGUCUUGGAGCAAUUAGGCCUUUCUGUAUCAGGGGGUAGGCGCCCUGGUCCCGGUAUGCACAAGGGUGGUGGUGGUGGACCGAGCCCUGUGGCUGGAGCUGGGCCGGGGAUCAACAGAUUUUUGUUACCUGCCUCCGAAUGCGAAUACACAUUGGAUUCAUUGUUGGAUGAGUUGUCCACAGAUCAAUGGCCAAUUGCACCGGGUAAUAGAGCAUUGAGGUGCACAGGAGUUGCGCUGAGCGUUGGCAGUGGACUUUUGAGCGCAUCAACUGCAGGGACUGGUGCAAGGAUGAUAUUAUUAGUCGGAGGUCCAUGCACAGAAGGUCCUGGAUCGAUUGUCUCAAAAGAUCUAUCUGAUCCAGUCCGUUCACAUAAGGAUCUUGACAAGGAUGCAGCACCCUUCUUCAAAAAAGCAGUCCAUUUUUACGAUGAACUUGGAAAACAGUUGGUCAAUCAAGGCCAUGUGCUGGACGUCUUUGCCUCUGCUCUCGAUCAGGUUGGGAUUGCUGAGAUGAAGGUUGCCAUUGAAAAAACUGGUGGACUUGUCGUUCUGUCUGAGAGUUUUGGCCACUCUGUAUUUAAGGAUUCAUUCAAGCGCAUUUUUGAAGUUGGAGGAGAGCAGUCAUUGGGGCUUGCAUUCAAUGGUACGCUGGAGAUCAACUGCUCAAAGGAUAUUAAAGUCCAAGGAAUCAUUGGCCCAUGUACCUCACUUGAGAAGAAAGGGCCUUUUGUUGCUAGCACAGUUAUAGGACAGGGCAAUUCUACAGCUUGGAAGAUGUGUGGCCUUGACAAAAGUACAUGCUUAACGGUUUUCUUUGACGUUUCAUCUAGUGAAAAGUCUGAUCCUUCAGGACCAAGUUCUCAAUUAUACCUACAAUUCCUAACUAGUUAUCAAAGCUCUGAUGGUCAGAUGCGGCUAAGAGUCACAACUGUUACACGACGAUGGGCUGUGGGCAGUGAGGAUUUAGUUCAAGGAUUUGAUCAAGAGGUUGCCGCUGUAGUAAUGGCUAGACUAGCUUCUUAUAAAAUGGAAAUGGAGGAAGGUUUUGAUGCGACAAGAUGGUUAGAUAGGAAUCUGAUACGCCUGUGUUCCAAAUUUGGGGAAUACCGCAAAGAUGAUCCGGCGUCGUUCACUUUAAACUCCUUUUUUUCGUUGUUUCCUCAGUUCAUGUUUAAUCUACGACGGUCACAAUUUGUACAGGUGUUCAACAAUAGUCCGGAUGAAACAGCCUAUUUCCGCAUUUUGUUGAAUCGUGAGACUAUAGGCAAUGCUGUAGUCAUGAUUCAACCAUCAUUGAUAUCAUACGGCUUUGAUUCACUUCCUGGACCAGCUUUGCUUGAUGUUCAGUCCAUUGCAGCGGAUCGUAUUCUCCUGCUGGACUCUUAUUUUAGUGUUGUUAUCUUUCAUGGAAUGACUAUAGCCCAGUGGAGGAAUAUGGGCUACCAGAACCAGCCAGAAAAUCAGGGCUUUGCUAUGUUGUUACAAGCUCCACGGGAGGAUUCCCAAUUAAUUAUCCGUGACCGUUUUCCUGUACCAAGGCUCGUGGUCUGUGAUCAGCAUGGUUCUCAGGCAAGGUUUUUGCUGGCAAAGUUGAAUCCUUCAGCUACCUACAGUAAUGCACAAGAUAUGAUGCACCCGGGCUCAGAUGUCAUCUUCACUGAUGAUGUGAGUCUACAAGUAUUCAUUGAACACCUUCAAAGGCUCGCAGUCCAAGCUUCUUAACAAUGUUAUAGUACGAGUGAAUUAUGCCUCGUCUGGUUGAAACUAUGCCUUUUUUGUCGUCCAAUUGCGAGAAUGAGGUUAGACCCUCACUGUUUGAGCAAUGAUUAGUUGUUGCUGUUCCUUUUGGGCUCGAGAGGUCUCUCGCUUCAUUGGAUUCUGUGGUGCUUGCGGAAUUUGUAACUUAAUUAGUUAUUGGAUAAACUUCGGUAUAGUUGUAAGUUAAAAAAAAAUGACAUUUUUGUGUUUGACCUAAGUUUCAGAAUUAUAUAUUGGUAAUGGUAGCCCCACCCCAACUUGAAAUUUUUGUAUUGAAUUUGAGGAUGUAAUCUUGAUGGAGGUUUUUUUGUCAUUUCUAUUUGGAAGAGAGUGAUUGUAAUAA